AUGGCGCUAGAGAUUACAGUCAAUACCCAACUGCUCCAAGAUCUGUACUACGGCGGACACCAUCCAGUCCCAAAAGGAGCAGCAGCUAACGACAAGGAGAAUGCGAAACCCAAAGAACACCCACCGCCAAGCCGAAAGCCGGAAAAAUGGGCCCUCGAGAGCCCUCGAAAGGAAAUCAAACAAAAGAUGAAACGUACUCUUCGAAGUCUGCAAAAUUCUGAUAGUGAAAUCGAAGCCCAAUGCGCCAUUGCAUCUCUUUGCUACCAAGCUUCAUUCGACGGGGAUUCCCGUCAAGACGACAAGAUCGAAAGAAAGCUUUGUCGACGCUUGUUUCGUCUCAAGGCUAUUCCAGUUUUGCUGAAAGCUCUUGAAAAAUGGAGAGAGUCCCUUUGUUUUGCCAGCCAGACCGUGAUUCUACUCAUCAAAAUCACCUAUUUUGAACCGAACCGCAGUCUCACUCACGUACUGGAGCACAAUGGCAUCCCGUUACUUCUCAAUAUUGGAACUCAUUACCACCAAGAUGAUUUGAACUUGUCGGCUGACAUCUUGCUGGUUCUGGAGAACCUCAGUCGCCAUGAUGCCAGUCGUGGUGAUUCUUCCUUGGAACAAAGCAGGACGAAAAGUUGUUGUCCUUUGGAUGGGAUUAUGAAAAAAGUCUUGGCCACCUCGGAUUGUAUUGAUUUUGUUGCCACCAAAAUGCACGACUAUCCACACGAUGACAUUUUGCAACGCAAUGCUUGUGGUUACUUGGAAAAUAUUGGCUACUUUGCUGCUCAUUGCAGCCAUCACCACAAGAACAACUACAAGAAUAAGCUUCACAAAAGAGGAAUUCCCUACCUUUUGGAGAAAGCCAUUGACAACUUUUGGUACUCCAAUACCAGGGUGGCAUCCCAAGCCAGAGAAGCGCUCUGCGUGAUUGAUAACCUUUAUCAUCAACAAUAUGGCGCUCCUGUAGAAUAA